AUGAAGGAUAGAGUGGGCUUGCUCAACUUGACUCUAUGGUCUCUACUCUUAUUGAUUGCUUAUCACACCAUCUCUGACUAUGGAGCUGAGACUAACGCUGUUGUCAGUUUUUGUCUCAUUUGUGCUUUGUGUUCUCUUCUUCCACUUUUCGCCCCGAAAUUUAAGGAAAGCGUCAAUGAAAGGAUCUCACUGUUGCCAAUUCCUCACCAGUUCUCCGAUGUUCAUCACUUGGAGCCUCUUGUGAUCCAACACAUCGGUGUCUACACCAUUUCGCCACCCACAUCCCCUCUCGUUCCUCAUUCAGAAUUACCCUCUGAGUCCCACACUCAGGAGAUCGUUAAGCUAUCUUCUUUUCUCAGUACCAGUUCCAAACCCCCCUCGACUCGACCUAUCAUCUCCUCUAUCGACACUCGCGCCUCCGUUCAUACCAUUCUGUCUCACUCAAAGAGUAGUAGUCGUUUGCGUCUCCCAAAGUUCACUUCUAUUUCAGCCGGAACUGGCAGUCAGUUAACAGCUUCAACGGCGACCAAUACCACGGAGGAGCCACAGAGGGAGAAAUCGGCGAGUAGUCCUGCUGCUAUCACAGCAGGUGAAGAGGGAUUCAUUAAAAAGGACACUCCUCUACGCACACUCUGUUCGCAGUUCUUGUCUUCUAUGUAUGGAAAUCACCAGUCAGCAGAGUUUUGGAGACGAUGUGUAAGUUGUGUUAUGGAUUUUAGUGACUAUUUUUGA